AUGUCAUUUAGAAAGAGAGGUGAAGUAUUAAACAAUGGCCGUGGUGGACCAGGAGCUGUCCCAGGCAGAACAGUUCCUGGUAGGACACCUGCAGGUAUGGCAAAUUCAAAUAGAACGCUACCUAACAGAGGCCCUAUGUCCACUCCACAACAAUCAAGAACACUUACCGGUAGGAUGCAAAAUAUGAGAGUGUCUGAUGGAACUACAUCGGGAGCUCCUAUUACUCAAAAUGAAACGGCAACUGUCAAUGAUGAACAGAAUGGCCUAUUAUUGAAUCAUCCUGGUAUAAGACCAUCUCCUUUAAGUGGGACCUUUGUCACAUCUACCGGUUGUGAAGAUUUGGAUAAAGUCCUGACGCAUAUGGGUUUACCAUUAGGGCAUUCGAUGCUUGUUGAAGAAGAAGGAACCACUGAAUUUAAUUCUAUAUUGGCUAAAAUAUUCGCUGCACAAGGUAUUGUCUACAAUAGAGUGACAGGUGCUACAAAGAUCACUGGUGGUGGUGAUAAUGGAAAUACUCAUUUGAUUGUAUUAUCAUUCUAUCAAAUGUUUGCAAAAGAAUUACCUGGUGUUUAUAAAGGUUCAAAGAAAGAUAUUAAGAAAUCCAAGAUAUCUGAAGAACAAUCGAAAUUAUCUGUUCAGAAUUUAACUGAAAAACAAAGCACUCCAUCUAGAUAUAAGGAUUUUAAGAUUGCUUGGAAAUAUAAGUUAGCUGAUGAAGAAAAAGAGAAAUUAAAUGCGAAGAAAAGUACCAACACACAAGAAUUGAAUGACGACUACAAAGAUUAUAAUCAUCAAUUUGAUAUAACCUCUCGAAUUAUGCCAGCUCCAAGUAAUUCUGAAAUAUCGUUUAUUUCUCCGAACCUCCCUAUUAGUACAAUCUUGACACAAGUUGAACAAAUAAUUAAAAGACAAAAAAAUAAAUUGAUAAGAAUAAUCAUCCCAUCUUUCUUACAUCCAGCGAUGUAUCAACCAGAUUUCUUCUCGUUAUCAAAAUCGAUCUCUUUGAUUCAUGGGCUAAGAAGUAUCGUUAAAGUUCACGAGGAUAGAUGUGUCUUAUUCGCAACAGUUUCAACAGAUAUAUUGAGUAAAUUAUUACGUAUCCAAUUGGAAAAUCUUUUUGAUGCGGUUAUAGAUUUAGAACCAUUCCCACAAGAUAUGCUUCAAUUCUUAGAACGUAUAUACAAAUCCCAACCUAAUAAGGUGCAACACGGUUUAUUACAUGUGCUUAAGUUACCAAUAUUUAGUGAACGUGGUGAGAUGCAAGUAAAGAAAUCAGAAUGGGCUUUCAGAAAUGGUAGGAAGAGAUUUGAGGUAGACGAAUGGUCUAUCCCAGUUGAUGAUGUUGAAAGUAGCAGUAAUGCAAAGCAACCAGGGUCUGAUGAUCAUAGUCAUGGGAACGAAAAUGAAACCUCUCAUAACCACUCAAACUCAAGUGCAACUGCACCAAAAAAUACAAAAAUUUCCCUAGAAUAUUAA